GGUGGGAUGGGAACGGCCGAGGGGUUGGGGGGGGGGGCCUCAGAUGGCAGGACCUGCAGGGAGCCCCACGGUCAGUGCCAGUUAGGGAGGGGCCACCAUGCGGCGGAGGGCAGGACCGGGGGCUACGGCCCCUCCUUUGCUGUGGCUGACAGCCCCUCCAAGUGGCCCCUGGAUUCGCCUCGCCCCCCACCCCCAGCAGGCACUGGGCUUCCACCUCCACAAGCAAACUGUGCCACAUUGUGGCGACUCCUUCACCUCCUCAGAGGCUGUCCCCACCCCUCCCUGCCCAGAAAGAACCCAUAGGGCACUGGGAGACACAGGAGCAGGCCCAGCUCUUGCCCCCAGGGCCGCUGAAGCUCAAGCCAGGGACCUACCUGUGCCUUGUCCCCAGGGGACUGGAGGGGCCCCAGAAGCUCUGAGAGGCAGGCAGGGCGGCCCGGCCUGGCCCGCUCAUGACGUGGAGCUCUCUCUGCUCUCCCUCCCCUGCUCUCGGCCCCCCACUCCGGCUGGGGCCAGGAGAAAGCAGGGCGGGGACCAGGGAACCUCUGACACUUGGUGGCCUCGGGGGUCGGUGACAGAAGGCUGAGAGCUCCUGAGGAAAGAAGGAAAAAGGAGAAGUCGAGUUCAACCAGUCCCUGGGAACGGCGGCCAGGACAGGCCUGAGGGAGCCCACGGAGUCCCCACCCAGCCCCCAGCCCCCCACUGGAAGGCCCCGGCAAGAUCGGGGCUGGCCCGGAGGAAGGCGACACCAGCAGAGGCCUGGCAGCAGGAGCAGGGCCACAACAGGACGGCAACUGGGGCUGGGCCAGUGAGGCGCCAGGCUGCCAAGCCCCCCCACCGAGCUCAAGAGGGGCCGGUGGCCGCUGAGGAGGGCCAGGGCAGGCAGGCAGGAGGCCAGGAAGCCAGGAAAGGGGGCCCGAAGCCUGGGAGGCUCCCCAAAGGGGCCUCCCACCAACCUGGCCGUCAAAAGAAGGACCGCAGCCGAGGCCGAGGUGGCAGUAGCACCUCGGAAACCACAGGUCAUGUGCGGAAAAGGCCUGGAAGCAGGCGAGGGCAUGGCCGUGGGCUGGCAGACCUGGGCCCUGCAGAGCGGGCCAUGCCCUCGCUGCCGGCCUCCUGCCUCCUGGCCCAGGCGGCCAUCGCCUGUGGCAACGUCAGGAUGAAGCGCGUCCCUGCCCUGUACGACCCUGGCCUGACCACGCUCUACCUGGCAGAGAAUGAAAUUGCCAAGAUCCCCGCUGACACGUUCCUGGGACUGCCCAACCUGGAGUGGCUGGACUUGAGCAAGAACAAGCUGGACGCCCGUGGCCUGCACCCCCAGGCCUUCAAGAAUCUGACACGGCUGAAGCGGCUGAACCUGGAUGGGAACUCGCUGUCCACAGUGCCUGCCCUGCCCGCCUCCCUGCAGGAGCUCAAGCUCAACGACAACCUUCUGCAGGGCCUUCAGCGCAGCAGCUUCCGGGGGCUCGGACAGCUGCUGACGCUGGAGGUGGAAGGGAACCAGCUGCAUGAUGGGAAUAUCUCCCCCCUGGCCUUCCAGCCCCUACGCAGCCUGCUCUACCUGAGGCUGGACCGGAACCGGCUGCGGACCAUCCCGUCCGGCCUGCCAGCCUCCCUGCAGGAGCUGCACUUGGGCACCAACGUCAUUGAGGAGGUGACAGAGGGCACCCUGAACCGCAGCCGCAGCCUCAGCGUGCUGGUGCUCAGCAACAACUUGCUCCAGGAAGACCGGCUGGCACCCCGCGCCUGGAUCGAUCUCCCGAAGCUGGAGGCGCUCGACCUCUCCUACAACCGGCUGGUGCACGUGCCCUCCUUCCUGCCCCGGGGCCUCCGCCGCCUGACGCUGCACCACAACCGCAUCGAGCGCAUCCCCGGCUACGUGUUCGCGCACAUGAAGCCGGGCCUGGAGUUCCUGCACCUGUCCCACAACAGCCUGCGCGCCGACGGCAUCCACGGAGCGUCCUUCCUGGGCCUGCAGGCCUCCCUGGCUGAGUUGCUGCUGGACCACAACCAGCUGCAGGCCGUCCCUCGAGGCCUCCUGGGCCUCAGGGCGCUGCAGGUGCUGCGCCUGAGCCAUAACAAGAUUAGACACGUGCCCCUGAAUUCCAUCUGUGACACACGCGUGGCCCAGGACUCCAACCUCAUCUCCACGCGCCUAGAGAACAACCUCAUCGACCGGCGCCGCAUCCCACCCACCGCCUUCUCCUGCAUCCGGGCCUACCACAGCGUGGUCCUCCGGCCGCAGCAGGGGGAGGGGGAGGGGGAGGGCGCCUAGCCCGCCCGCCGUCCCUGCCCCCUGCUCUUGUGGGACUGGUGGGGGGGCAGGCCCCGCCCCACUUGAUCUUUGCACCACUGGGAGAAAGGUCUAGAAGAGCCUGCUGCUUCAGAUGUGCCCACGUCCCGUUGACUGCUGAGGCCCCCUCACUGAGCAACCGACCCAGCCCGGCGAGGCACUGGGUUGGACUCGACCGUAAUAAAUGCAUCUCC